AUGUCGGUGGAGCAGGCUGUGUCUCUGAAUGCGAGUAUAUACAACAAGACAUGGAAGCAGAUGGUGAAGCUUGGUCCAGGGCAACUCCAGCUUCAAAAGUACCAGCCCCUCCUGUGGGAGCAGUUGAAAGUGAGCACUGCAGUCAGUGAUCCAAAUGCCCGAGGUCAGCAGAAUGAGUCCCUCGCCUGGUUCUGGUCUCUUGACAUUGAUUUAUCAGGGCCAAGUGAGUCAUGGAAUGACGAAUUGGUGGAAUGGGAGAUGGACUGGACAUACAACUUCUUCCUGCAAAAAGCAGCUCAAUGGGAUGAACAUAUGAGGGAGUCAUUGGAGAACCAGCUUCGGGGUCAUGCGUGUUAUGUGGCAAGACAAUCUCGAAUGGUCUCAUUACUUGCACAGGAUGCACAGGCCGCUUUUCAGGAUCUUACAAAGAUGACAAUAGAUACCGCAGAUGAAUAA